AGCGCGGCAUGGGUGGCGCGCUGCUGCUGGCGCUGCUGGCGGCGGCGCGGGCCAGCGAGCCCAACGCCACCGACCUAUGGGACUUCGCCAGCCCCUCCCCCUCCGAGCCGGCCGAGGAGAAGGCGCCCCUGUUCCCCACGGACCUGUUCACGGAGGAGCAGCGGCGCUCCGGCGCGGUGCUGUUCCACGUGAUCGGCAUGGGCUACAUGUUCGUGGCGCUUGCGAUCGUGUGCGACGAGUUCUUCGUGCCGGCGCUCGACGUGAUCAUCGAGCGGCUCGCGAUCCGCGACGACGUGGCCGGCGCGACGUUUAUGGCCGCCGGCGGCUCCGCGCCCGAGCUGUUCACGAGCAUCAUCGGCGUGUUCGUGUCGUUCGACGACGUGGGCAUCGGCACGAUCGUGGGCUCCGCCGUGUUCAACAUCCUGUUCGUGAUCGGCGCGUGCGCGCUGUUCUCGCGCACCACGCUCUCGCUCACGUGGUGGCCGCUGUUCCGCGACUGCUCCUUCUACUCCGUCAGCCUGCUGGUGCUCAUCUACUGCUUCCGGGACAGCCACAUCUACUGGCAGGAGGCGCUGGUGCUGUUCUCGCUGUACGGCGCGUAUGUGCUGUUCAUGCGGUGGAACCAGCCCGUGGAGCGCGCGCUCAAGAAGCUCAUAUACAAGAACAAGGUGACUCGCGUGAGGAGCACGGACCAGCUGAUGCCGACGCACCAGUCUGCCGCGCAAACUCUGCACGGGAACGCCACGACCUCCAGCGAGACGUCGGUCGGAACCAACCCUCCGACGACGGCGGGGCCCAGCAAGCCCGCGCCGCCCGCGGCCAAGUUCCGACACGGUCUGCUGCAGCUCAUGAUACACACCAUCGAUCCGAUGCACGACGGUGAGUUAGGUAAAGUAGACGAGAAGGCGACGCAGCUCCACGCGAUAGCCUCUCUCAAAGUGCUGCUGGAGGCCACGAAGCCCACGGCAGGUGGCGCGGGGGCGGCGGCGGCGCGGCACACCGCCCAGGCCAAGGAGACGCCGCUGGAUCUGCCCAACGGUGGGCUGGCGGAUGUCCAGUUAGAUGUGAUAGAGGAGAUAGGAGACCUCGACGAGGACACGACGCCGCUGGACAUGUCGUGGCCGUCGGGGUUCCGCAAGCAGAUCACGUACCUCCUGGUCGCACCCAUCGUCUUCCCGCUGUGGCUGUCCCUGCCUGACACCAGGACGCCCAGAGGGAAGAAGCUGUUCCCCAUAACCUUCCUGGGUUCCAUCAUCUGGAUAGCAUUUUUCUCGUAUCUAAUGGUGUGGUGGGCAAACAUCGCGGGUGCGACCGCCCACAUCCCCCCCGAAGUCAUGGGGUUGACGCUGCUGGCCGCGGGGACGUCAGUACCUGACCUCAUCACGUCCGUCAUCGUGGCCAGGAAAGGCUUCGGCGACAUGGCCGUGUCCAGUUCGGUGGGAAGCAAUAUAUUCGAUGUUACUGUGGGGUUGCCGCUGCCAUGGCUGCUGUACGGGAUCAUCUACGGCGAGCCCGUGCAGGUCAACUCCAAGGGCAUGGUGUGCAGCAUCGUGCUGCUCUUCGCCAUGCUCAUCUUCGUCAUCCUCAGCAUCGCCUGCUUCCGGUGGAAGAUGAACAAGGGUCUCGGCUUCACCAUGUUCCUCUUAUAUUUCGUAUUCGUCGCCGUCAGUUUAGGACUGGAGUACGGUUAUCUACAUUGCCCAAGCGAGUAGUCAAUUACGAGUACAUAAAUACCAGAGUAGACAGAACUGAGUACUUCGACUUAAAAAAAUGGAGGAAUCUACGCAAGUUUGGCGUGAGUACCACUUUCGACAUGUUUCACAAUGAGGCGCGCGCAUAAAGUUAAUAUACCUAGCGGAAUAGAGCAACCAUCUCGA